AUCCAAUGAAUGCCCUGCAGAAUCUCACUGGGGGUCCUGCAGCAGGGGCACCUGGCAUGGGCAUGCCCUCCCGAGCUCAGGGGGCACCCAUGACUGGCAUGACAGGCCUUGGUCCCAUGGCACAGCAGAUGAGCCUCCCAGGGCAGCAGCAGCCGCCUGGCACCUCAGCCAUGGCCCCUCAUGGCAUGCCUGGUGUCUCUACAGCUACUCAGCAGACCCAGCUUCAGCUGCAGCAGAUAGCGCAGCAGCAGCAGCAGCAGCAGNGUGCAAUCUUUGUCUUUUCUUUUUGUCUGCUCAGUUUUCAGUGCUCUCAACAUGAAUUCUCAUUUGAUGAAGCCAUGAGGAAAGCUGGUGUUGCCCAUAACAAAUCCAGCAAAGAUAUGGAGAGCCAUGUGUUUAUGAAGGCCAAAACAAGGAUGCAACAGAUGCAGCAGCAACAGCAGCAGCAGCAGCAACAACAGCAGCAGGUUGCUCAGGCACAGCAGCCUCAGCUCCCACCACAGUCCCAGCCUCAGCCCCAGCCCAUGGUGUCUCAGCCUCAGGCAAUCUCAGGACAAAUCCCCAGCCAGGUUAUGCCUGUCACUCUCACACCACAGCAGUUAAAAGCUAUGCAGGUGAGAGCGCAGCUGGUGCAGCAGCAGCAGCAGCAGGCAGCAGCAGCAGCAGUGCAGGCAGCUCAGGCCCAGGCUGCUCAGAUGGGAGCCUCAGGGCAGGCUGAAAGAGAAAAGCUCACUAACGUCCCCUCCAUGCUCCCCCUCCCCGGUCCCGCAGGCCGCAUGUGCUUCUCAUCCUGCCAGUGCACUGCAUUUCUUGUUUUGCGAUUACUUUUGUCUGUUGUCCCUCUGUCCUCAAAGAUGAUCACCGCACCCCUGGCCCGAGGUGGGAUGCAAAUCAGACCACGGUUCCCGCCUGCCCCCGCGGUGCCGGUGCCGGCUCCACCUCCAAGCUCCGUGCCCUUGGGCGGACAGCCAAUGCCACAGGUCAGCCAGAGCAGCAUCACCAUGAUGUCCUCCCCCUCUCCUGUGCAGCAGGCUCAGACUCCCCAGGCCAUGCCUCCCCCCCCACAGCCCCAGCCCUCUCCUCAGCCAGGCCAGCCAAAUUCCCAGCCAAACUCCAAUGUCAGCUCUGGCCCUGCUCCAUCACCCAGCAGCUUUCUCCCCAGUCCCUCUCCGCAGCCCUCACAGAGCCCAGCAGCUGCACGAACACCCCAGAACUUCAGUGUCCCAUCCCCAGGGCCUCUCAACACUCCAGGAAAUCCAAAUUCUGUCAUGAGUCCAGCCAGCUCUGGUCAGUCAGAGGAGCAACAGUAUCUGGAAAAACUCAAACAACUUUCGAAAUACAUCGAGCCACUCCGGAGGAUGAUCAAUAAAAUAGAUAAAAAUGAAGACAGGAAGAAGGACCUGAGCAAAAUGAAGAGUCUCUUGGAUAUCCUGACAGACCCUUCCAAACGGUGCCCCCUGAAGACGCUGCAGAAAUGUGAAAUUGCUCUGGAGAAGCUGAAAAACGAUAUGGCUGUGCCAACUCCACCACCUCCCCCAGUGCCCCCCACCAAGCAGCAGUACCUGUGCCAGCCCCUGCUGGACGCUGUUCUGGCCAACAUCCGCUCGCCCGUGUUCAACCAUUCCCUGUACCGCACCUUCAUGCCGGCCAUGACGGCCAUCCACGGGCAGCCCAUCACAGCCCCCGUUGCUUCCCCUCGGAAGCGGAAAUACGAGGAGGAUGAAAGACAGACCAUCCCAAAUGUCCUACAAGGAGAAGUUGCAAGAUUAAAUCCUAAAUUCCUGGUGAACCUGGACCCUUCACACUGCAGUAAUAAUGGCACAGUUCAUCUCAUAUGCAAGCUAGAUGACAAGAAUCUUCCAAAUGUCCCCCCACUCCAGCUCAGUGUCCCAGCAGACUAUCCAGACCAGAGCCCUCUGUGGAUAAAGAACCCCAGGCAGUAUGCAGCCAAUCCCUUUUUGCAGUCAGUGUACAGAUACAUGACUUCCAAACUCUUGCAGCUGCCAGACAAGCAUUCAGUCACAGCUCUGCUGAACACCUGGGCACAGAGCAUCCGCCAGGCCUGUCUGUCUGCUGCAUAACAGCUCCUGCUCCUGCAGCCAGGAGGAACCCAAACAGCUGGCCAAGAUCUCCCACGAGCCACUGCACAACCACAGCAUGGCAGGUGACUUCAGAAGAAAGAAGCCUUAUGUUGUUUUGUUCCUAGGUUGGCAGGUUCAGUAGAGAACCUGAGGUUAGACUUAGCUUUCAUGCUUUUUAUCUUCUGCCUCUGUGGACUUUUGCCAGCAUUUUCAGAUAUACAAAAUGUGUAUAUAUGGUUCUCAAGACUGUAUUUAGGAUGAGUUUUUUAUUGUCUUCUUAGAGAAGAAAUUAUUUGUGGACUUCCAUCAGGGAGUCUGGUAUAAGAGGGGGUAGGGAAAAAUGUCCUAAUUUGCUUCAAAAUUUGCUCAGUGCCAGUAUUUCUUUCACACUGUAUGUUUUGUGACCUGACACUGCCCCAGAAAUAAAUGAGCUGCAGCUCAGAUGUGCUUGCAAACUUGCCAGUGGGUGCAGGAAAUCCUUGUGACUAUGAAUUAGCUUUGCCCAGAGAUGGGAUAAAUGACGUCCUUUUAAGGCAUCCCUCAAAUAUGUGAGAUAAAUCUGCAUAAUUAUACUUGGGGGUGGGAAUGUGGAACCAAACACAGCAAAAAAGGUUUCAUUUUAUAAAACCUUUUAUAGCUUAUUUUAAAUGCAACUUUGUAUAAAUGGUUUUUGGUUAGCAUGGACCAGGUUUCUCACCCCAGGUAAGGUUGAUGAGAAAUAAGAGAUCCUGAUGUGCACACUCUGAGUUCCUCUGUAAAUUCAGUAAAUGUGCACAUAAAGAUGGGGGAACCAACACUUAAAGGCCAAGUGACACUGAUCAGUCCAGCAGGUUUGUAGCUGCAUUUCUUCCUUUCAGAGUCCUUCUGAGGCACCUGGCUUCCAGUGGGAGUUAAUGCAGUGCACUGAAACUGUUUCUAUACUACAUCAGUUUGUUUAAACAAAAAAGGCAAAAAAAUCCAUCUCAGGAGUAGAACUGACAAUUAAUCCAUUGUGCCUUCAGCUGUGGUGGGCACUCAGAGCAGUCAGCAGCUGCCUUAGUGUGGGCACUUUGAAUGAAAACAUUACCACAAGUAACUCUAAUUUAAUGAAUUUUUCAUACUUCCCCAUGUGUCCCAAGUUCCUCCUUCUUGAGUUCCUGAGGUGCAGGAGAAUUUCAAAUAUGAGAUAUUCCAAUUAUAUCCUGCCCCAUCUCUGUAUGGUGCAGCAAACCUUAAAGAGUAGCUGGGCUCUCUUACAGGAGUGUCAAGAAAUUGCUGUGACCUCUGUAAAUCCAUGUGGUGUCAUCAGUUCCAGGCUGUUUUUAAAUGUGGGUACUCAGUGAGCACUGACUGAGGCAGCAGAAUGCUGUCAGGAUUUUGUACAUGAGCUAAUGCAUUAUCUGUCUGUUUCUACUGUAAUAAAUUUAUUACUAUUCCUGUGUUGGAUGCUGA